GCCUUCUUGGAAUUGCAAACAAGAAACAUCUUUUUGCCCACCCUCCAGAUGAUAUUGUUUCUCACCGUUGAAGAAAUGAUGGAUAUGAACCGAUCUCGAUCUCGAAGGCUAAACUUCAACGCUCCCUUCUUGUCGACAAAACGCCAUGAUGCCACACAAGAGAAGGUUCCAGGAGAGUGCCCUGAAGCCUCUGUUCCGUUUUGUUGGGAAACUACUCCUGGAAUGCCCAAGAACGUGUCUCACUUGAAACAUGACCCUGAAUCCGAGACACCACGUCUCAAACUUCCUCCAGGAAGAUUGAAGAUGCACGUUGAUGGUGAAAACAACGACUAUGAUGGUGCUAGUGAAGGUCUAACACCAGCUAGAUUGUUGCGUUUGAAGAAACUCAACAAUCAUGAACAUUUCCAUCAAAGGGACCGAGACAUGGUCGAUGUCUUGUCACUCACGCAAGCUAUAGACAUGGUCGAACAGCCAAAAGAUAGCGUCACAGAAUCUGAUGAUGGAACCAGCGGAGGAGGUGACUCAAACGGCUACUUAACUAUGGAGAGCACUGAGAGAAGCGAAGACAUGUCACCGAGCUACAUAAUAGAGAGGUUUCUGCCUGAUGCAGCGGCUCUAGCAGCCGUGACAUCAGCAGCAAGCCAAAGGAGGAAGAAUAGACUCUCUUAUUUGAGUACAACGGUGAGGCAAUCUUGUUUCUCACCAAAGGCUUGUGGCUUGCAUGUGUUGCUUCCUUGGAGCACUAAGCAUAGGAUUUGUGGCGUCAAAGACACAUUUUCUCCUUCUUCCAAAGUCCACUUGCAACCCAAGUUUAUUACAAAAGAUAACUAGUUGAAGCUGUUGUUAAGACUUAUAUUGUUGUGACAGUGUGAUGGUUAAUAAGACUACAA